UAACCGCCAUUACCAGAGAAGAAGAAGUAGUACAGGAUCACCCGCCAUGCAGGAGCGCUUCAGUUGAGUUUUCACGUUUAAACCGCCUCUGUUUGCUAUUUUACAUGCAGUCAGCUGCAGUUAAACGUUAAAAACAAUCAGUUUAACUGAACGUAGCGGCGGGAAUCUCGCUAAAAGCCGCCAUGGCCCAACAAGCCGCGGCUCUUCAGACCUACAACAACGAGCUUGUGAAAUGUAUCGAGGACCUGUGCUCGAAGCGGGACGAGCUGAACCGCCAGAUCCGGCUGGAGGAAAACGAGAAGGAGCGACUCCAGCACGACAUCCGGGUUCUCUCCGAGAAGCUAAGCCGGGUCAACGAGAGCAUGGCGCAUAGACUGACCACCAGGGCCAACCUGGACCGCACCAUCGCAGAGACAGAGGCUGCAUACGCCAAGAUCCUGGAGAGUUCCCAGUCUCUACUGAGUGUCCUGAAACAGGAAGCAGGAAACCUCAACAAAUCCCCAGAGCAGUGGAAAAACUAGCACCAAGAAAAACACUCUGUACUCUGCUGGACUCUGUUUUUGCACUUUUAAACCCACUUUUCUGUGUUCAUUUUAAUAAUAUAUUUGUGUUUUUUUCUCCUUUUAAAGCAAUAAAUGUUUGACUUUUAGUCGUACAUCUUCAGUCAGUCAUUCACAGCACAUCUUUUAGUUCAGGUUGUUUAUUUAUUCAGCUUUUAUUAUACAAGUACAACAUUUUUUUGUUGUUUUUUCAGCUUACAGUAAGCAAAUGGAGAGUUACAGACAGGAAGUGAAUAAAGGAUGAACCAGGAAGUGAGGCGUUUGGUUUCAGACGGAGAGCAGGAAGAUCUGGAUGGAUCAUCAACAUGAGCCACGCCUCCACAGCAGCCAAAUAAAAAAAAAAAAUCAUGACCCUUGAACUUUCACACCUUUACAACCUGGAUUUUAGCAAAAGUGAGAACACUUCUGCUAAGGCGCUAAUAGGAAAGCUAAUUUUCGGUUUAGCUUCUCUAAGCUAACCUCUAGCGCUCUUAGAGACUCCUAAUAUUUAUUCAGGUAAAUAAAUACUAAAGUGCUGCUUUGUAAACUUUCAGUUGAAUAAAAUUAGACAUUUCAGUCCAGAACACACUUGAGCUAAUUUUUGGGUUUUGCUAACCUCUUAUCUUCCCUUUAUUAAUAUUCAAAUCGCUAAUUUCCUUGAACUUUUGCUUGAAUAAAGCUUGACAUCUGCAGUGCCGGAGACACUUGAGCUAAUCUGCUAACAGCAGAGCUAACUUUGUUUUCUGGUUUAAGUGUUUUUUGCUAACCUUUAGCGCUUUUAGUUUCUCCUAAAUAAAUUUGGAUGAAUCCUGAAGUGCUAAUGUUGUAAACUUUCAGUUGAAUAAAGUCUGACAUCUGGACACACUUAAGCUAAUAUGCUAGUAGCAAAGGUAAUUUUUCCUAUGUUGUUUUUGCAACAUGAAAACCUUUAGCACACUUAGCUUCCCUAACAUGUUGUGCAACUAACACACGUUUGGUAACAACAUGGCUGAAUUCAGUUCUUUAGCACUACAUACAGUUUUGUUUCGCUUUAGCAUUAGUGGAACUAAUGUUUAUUAUUAGUGCUUUACUUUUAGUGCAAAUAACAUUUUAUUUUGAGGUAAGAGAGUAAGUUGGAUUUACUGCAAAUGCACACCACACUUAUCAGAUUUAACUUCCCAACUAUACACUCACUAUCUGUGUUGGUUUGUCACAUAAAAUCUCAAUGAAAUACACUGGCAGUGAACUUUACUCCGAUGCCUCUAAAUAAAAUCAACCACAACCAAUUAUCUUAUUAAAAAUUUAAAUCAUCCCAAAUGAUUAGGAUUAAUUUACUGUGAUUUGCCAAAUAAUUUCACAGUUUUGAUGCUAAAACUAUUAGAAUUGUGCAUUGUUUUAAUAAUUAAAUGACUUCUGAAGGUUUAAAACAUAAAUAUCAACGUUUUUACACAAAGUUCAGUUUAACUGCAUAGAGUAGUACAUUAUGAAACAGAAGAAAAAUAUAUCUGAAAAGUGUGGUGUGCAUUUGUAUUCACCCUACUUUUACUCAAAUAUCCCUAAAUAAACCAAUGUACCUUCAAGGUAACUUAAUAUUCAGAAUUAUUUAGAAUUUAAAUGAAUAAAGCCAUUCUGCAGAGAUUUGUACCUCAUAAUUAUAAACCCUAUUGAAUUUGUUUUAAAGUUGAAAAGACUUAAAAUUUUAACAUUUCUAUUCUACAUAAUCAGCUUCCUAAUCAUUUUAAAAAGGUCUUAAUCUGAAGUUUUGCAGGCCUUCUGAAAAAUCUUGAAGGAUUUUUCAUUUGAUCAUCUUCAGUCCAGUGAAAUAAGUUCAAUAAGGCAACAAAUGAAGGACAAAAGUAGAAAUUUGAGGAAAUGAUUGAAUUCCCUGUAAAUAAACUGCAUCACUUUAAAACCAUCCAAGCAAAGGCUUUUUGUCCCUUCCUUCUUUCCUUUCAAACCCACAAACCUAAACCAUUGAUUUCCAGUUUAUUUGUCUUUAUUUUCAUGACUUAUGGAGAUAAAUGUCUAUAAAAAGGCCCAAUAUUUUCUUUGGUUCUGAUUUCCAUUUGGAUCAGCUGACCCUGAUUACAAUAAGGAGACAUGCUAAUGGAUAUUUAUUGGCAGUGGUGGGCACACUAAAUGCUAAUGUGCUAGUAGCAGAGCUAACUUUGAAAACAUUUAGCAUACUUAGCUUCCUCUGAUUUAAAUUCUAAAGUGCUAAUUUAUCUCUCUGUUUUAUAAACUUUCAAAUGAAUAAAGUUUGAUAUCGCCAUAAUAUCGACUUAGAUUUUCACCUUUUGCUAAACAACAUGUUGGUGUAGCGCAUUAGCAUUAGCCUCUGGUAAAUUCCUUGUGGGUGUAGUGCUGUAGCACUAGCUUCUACUAAGCAUUAUGUUAUUGUAGCACUUUAGCAUUACCUUAUGCUAAACUCCUUGUUGGUACAGCGCUUUAGCAUUAGCUUACGCUAAUUUCUUCUUGGUGUAGUGCAAGUUUUUGCUAAAUUUUAUAUUAGUGUGGUGCUUUGAUAUUGGCUUCUACUAAACAUGCUGUUGUAGCACUUUAGCACUAGCUUCUGCUGAAUCUUUUGUUGGUGUAGCAAUUUAGCAUUAGCUUCUGCUAAAUUCCAGGUUAAUAAAGCGCUAUAACAUCAGCAGAAGCAAUGUUUACCACCAGUGAUUUGGGAUUAGCGCAACUUUUGGGUUAGUUGUGUCCACCGCUGUGUCUGGGGUCAUACAGAAGCAGAUAUUUAGUGGGUAACAAGCAUCGUGUUCCUUGCCAAUCAUGGCGGGUUGCUGCUUUUCUGUACCAGAAACAUCUGGUUAUAAAACAUCCAGAACCAGAAAACUCCAAAACAACCAUCAGUACAAAUAAACUUGGGGCUAAUUUGGGCCUGCUGCGGAGCCGUGGAUGUGUAGUCACAGUGACGAGGCCGACAAUCAUGAGACUUUAAUACAAGGCUGCGACAAACAUUUAAAAACAGAAGCAAGCAUGGCAAAAAUCGGCAGUGCAUUCCUCCGGUUCGGCUGGACAGUUUCACUUCAAAACGGCGUCCUUCUGUUUUUUACCGGUACAAAAGUACCGCUUAGUUUUCACAGGAUUAGCGGUUCAACCCUCCGGUUCGGCUUGGUGCUCUGCGAAUUUCCUCCAUCGCUUGUUUUUAUGACUCAUCAGGUGCAAAACGCAGCGCAAGAACAAAAGAAUGACAGUGCAAAGACAUUCAGCAUCAAAGACCCCAGGAAUUUAAAAAAACAAUAAUCCAGCUUCCAGGACUGAAAAUGUUCAGUGAUUGUGGAGGAAAAGUUCG